UAUAAACUAAAUUAGUCCUCUUUAAUAAAGGGAAAGGCUUUAUUAACUUUGUAGAUCUCAGACUCUAGAUAUCUAUCUAGAUCUAGAAUAUCGUUUCUGUGUGUAGACUCUAUUAAAUUAUUAUAUUUAUUAAAGAUCUAGACCUGCAUUAUGUUUCUCAAACCCUUUCGGGUAAAGACAAAAACGUCUGUAAAAAGCUCAGACAGGAAGAAACUAAGAUCAGAUAUUCAGCAAAGUUUCCCUAGUUUGACUGAAGAGGAUGUGCUCAAGUUGCUACCUCAGAAGGAGGAGAUGACUCUUGUUAAGAUCAAUACACAUGCAGAUGAAAACAUUGUUGUUUACACUGUGGGGAAAAAUCCAUUGUUUUUUGAAAAUUUCAAAAUCUUGUAUCCAACAGUCUAUACACUCUGGCAAUUUCCAGAAAUUCUCCAAGCUUUCAGAACUUGGCCCCCAGUCUAUGAAAAACUCCAAAAAGGAGCUGAUUUAAUGCUGCCCGGUGUUGUGCCAGACAAUGAACCAUCUCCUAAAAUGUUUGGUAAGCUCCAGAAAGGUGACCUGGUAUCUAUAAAGAUUGCUGGUAACAAGUCUCCAGUUGCUAUUGGCAAAGCAUUACUGAGUGGAGAGGAUAUGUACAUGUCUGCCAUGAGAGGGAAGGGUGUUAGUGUCCUGCAUAUUAUGGGAGAUACCUUGUGGGAAAUGGGAGAUAAGUCUAGACCGCCCAUGAUUCCAGAGACCUUGCCUAAUUCCUACUGUGAAGAGGAAGUAGAAAAUACGAAGACAACUGAAGAAACGGAUCAGUCUGAAAAUACCAUAGACAAUGCAAUUUCAGAUUUAAAGAUGGAGGAGACAGAAGCACGUGGGGCCUGUAGUUGUGGGGAAACAAGUCAGAAUGAUGUCCUUGAUGAGAGUGAUGAGGAGAGAAACCCAACUGAGCAAAUGGAUGAUCUUCUCAACUUUUGUUUUGCUUGUGCUUUGAAAUCGAAAAUAAAGAAGAAUGACCUCCCCUUACUUACUGGAAAUUUAUUAAGAAAUUAUAUGCAGCCUUUUAGUGGAGGCAAGCAACUAGAUUUGAAGAAAUCUUCUUUCAAAAAGCUCUCCAAAUUUCUCCAGAGUAAAGUGAAUGAUGGCUAUAUAGUUGUAAAAGAACAGAGCAAAGGUGUUGAUGUCAUUACAGAGAUAGAUAAAACACAUCCUGGUGUGCGGGACAUACAAGUUCCAGACAUUGUAGAAGCUGCAGAAGCUAUAUCUGAGGAGACCAAUGAAGAUGGAUCCUACCAACCUUUGACCUUUACUGAUGUAUAUUUAGUGAAUGCUGCCACUCUGGAUUUAUUUAAAGAGUCUGGGAUCUGUAAAGGCGAUGCAUUGCAGAUCUCUGAUGUUAGGCAACAUGUCAUCAAUUAUAUCAAGACCAAUAACUUACAAAAGGAGGAUAAUCCAAAAUUGGUCACUUUGGAUCCAAUACUUGCUCAUAUUAUACUGAAGCCAGUUGAAGGUGACCUUGACCAAAUGAACUGGGAGCAAGUGAUUAACAGAGUUGUGGGCAAAAUGCAAGCAGGUGUUGCCAUAAGUUCUGGAAGUAGACCACCAACUAUAAAAAAGACAAAAAUAGAACCAAUCAAACUUGAAGUAGUUAUGAGGGCAUCACAGAAAAAGGUGACAAUAGUAGACAACCUAGAAGAAUAUGGGCUUGACCUUCGUGUGUUUUCAAAACUCGUACAGAAGUCUGUAGCCUGCAGUUGUACAAUUGUCACACCUGAGCAGAAAAACAAGGGUCCACAAGUUCAUGUCCAAGGCAACCAAGUCAAUUUCGUUUACAAUCUUUUAACAGAGAAGUAUAAAAUACCCAAGAGAUAUGUGACAGGUUUGGAGAAUGCUCCCAAGCAGAAAAAAAGAUGAUAAUGGACUGAUAUUGGUGUUAGUUAUAUGCAUAUUAGGUCUAUUGUUUAUCUCUGUGAAACCAUUGCAUUUAGGUUGCCAUCUCACAGUCACUUUUUUAUCAAAUUGGCUACUGAAAUAAUUCAAUCAUGAGAAAUAAAAAAAUUAGUACUGAA